UCCCCUUGCGCGCGCAGUUUCACGAGCCGCUGAAAGGCGUGAGAAGCGACUCAGCGGCUCCGAUCUCAUCUCAACUACAGCUGCGCCGGAGGCACGGCCGGGGAAAAUGGGAAUUUGAUGCCCUUCGUUUGGAACACAUCUUAGAUGUGAUCUGCGUUCUGCUCUUUCUUACGCUGCCUGAAGUUGAUAUUGUUGAAGUUGGAUGCGUCUCUCCUCUUCUGUCACAUUUUGGAUAGUAUUUCAGUUCUGGGUGUUGUACCUGAGCAGGGAAGGUUUUUUUGGAACGGAUUUACCAUGGUCUCUGAUACAGCGCUUGGAUUAUACUCGUUUCGGAAUUGCAUUGAUUGCAUUGCAGUUGUACACAACAAGCAAAUUGGGUUUAUUUUAACCGCCUUUGUGCGUAUUCAGCUUGUUGCCUGAGGGAUAAAGCCGGCAGUUUUACGGCGGCUGUUCUAAUGGGAGCUAGAAGAAUCCCCCGCUGUAAUUCUGGAGGUCCGAUAGUUUGUGACGUGGGAACGUGGCUUUUGGAAGACCCCGUCCAGCGCGUGAAUCGUUCCUUGUUCACAGGGGACACUUUCAGUUAUAAACUAAUCGUAGUGUUGUGGUCCCAAAGUCGGCACACGAUAUGGCUUCUAUCCCUGUGUCUGCUGUAGACGGCCAGGGCGCCUCGAAUAGAAUCUUGUGGAACAUAAACGGCACAUUACAUUACAACAGAAACCCCUUUGGGAUCUGGAAACUGGAAUAACAUCGGAAUAAUACAUCAAUCGACGUGGAUUCAACGGACAAUGCCAACGCCGCCUUACAGGUAUGUCCAGGGUUUGCAUUGCAUUGCCAUGACAACAGAACGCAGUAAGAAAAUAUACAAGAAACGUGUCUGGGAAAGGAGAGAUGGUCCUGUAAAGAUUGCACUUUGUGUCUCGGCCCAAAACCCGUGCCACUUCCGCGCCAGCUCCAGAGAGAGGACAAGCACAUGCACUGCUGCACUGUGGGAUAUCAGGCACACCAACCAAUCAGAAGACAGGAUUAUGAUCACGUUCACCAGUCCAUCGUCCCUCACCCUGGUACAUUUGCUGCUUAACCCCCAUUCUACCAAAAGUGCCACAGAUCCACACACACCUGCUGGACUCACACUUUCACACACAGGUGAUGGACUCACCCUUCCACACACACCUCCUGGACUCACCCUUCCACACACACCUGCUGGACUCACCCUUCCACACACACCUGCUGGACUCACCCUUUCACACACAGAUCCUGAACUCACCCUUCCACACACUCCUCCUGGACUCACCCUUCCACACACACCUGCUGGACUCACCCUUUCACACGCAGAUCCUGGACUCACCCUUCCACACACUCCUCCUGGACUCACCCUUCCACACACAGCUGCUGGACUCACCCUUUCACACACAGAUCCUGGACUCACCCUUCCACACACUCCUCCUGGACUCACCCUUCCACACACACCUGCUGGACUCACCCUUUCACACACAGAUCCUGGACUCACCCUUCCACACACUCCUCCUGGACUCACCCUUCCACACACACCUGCUGGACUCACCCUUUCACACACAGAUCAUGGACUCACCCUUCCACACACACCUGCUGGACUCACCCUUCCACACACAGGUUAUGGACUCACUUUCCUGGGAAUUUAUUUUUAUGUGGUUCUUUUCACAUCUUUUUUUAUUUCCUUUUGGGAUGGGGCUGGUCAACCACCUCAAAGGGAGGCAGAGCUGAAUUUAAAAUAUAUAUAUUUAAUAAAAGUUACGAUUUCGUUAAUUCUUCGAGUGUCUGAAGUUUUUCAAAAGGUGGAAUGUACACCUGUAUACCUGUAA